UUGGCCAAAGGCAUUUCCCCCGUUUUUGCUUUGCCCGUGCAAUAGAGAGAGCCCUUCCUUGUUCUUUCAUUCCCAUUUUUCACUUUCAUUUCGAUCUUCCGUUUUUGCUGCAUAACCAUGGGCAAGGGUCCCGGGCUCUACACCGACAUCGGCAAAAAAGCCAGAGAUCUUCUCUACAAGGAUUACCAGAGCGACCACAAGUUCACCAUCACUACCUACUCUCCCACUGGAGUGGCUAUUACAUCCACAGGGACAAAGAAGGGUGACCUGUUUUUGGCUGAUGUCAACACUCAGCUUAAGAACAAGAACAUCACAACUGAUAUCAAAGUCGACACAAACUCCAAUCUCUUUACAACUGUUACUGUGGAUGAACCUGCUCCGGGGCUGAAAACCAUCUUAAGCUUCAGACUUCCCGAUCAAAGGUCUGGCAAGGUGGAGCUCCAGUAUCUGCAUGACUAUGCUGGGAUAACCACCAGUGUUGGGUUGACAGCAAACCCUGUUGUUAACUUCUCCGGUGUUUUUGGAACAAAUGUUGUUGCACUUGGCACCGAUGUCUCUUUCGACUCAAAAACUGGGCAAUUCACCAAAUUGAAUGCUGGAUUGAGCUUCUCCAAUGCAGACCUAAUUGCUUCACUCACCCUAAAUGACAAAGGUGACACCCUGAGUGCGUCCUAUUAUCAUACUGUCAAUCUCCUCACAAACACAGCUGUUGGUGCUGAGGUUACCCACAGCUUCUCAACCAACGAAAACACAAUCACUGUUGGAACCCAGCAUGCAUUAGAUCCAUUGACCACCGUGAAGGCACGAGUGAACAACUUUGGCAAGGCUAAUGCUCUUAUUCAGCAUGAGUGGCGACCAAAGUCAUUCUUCACCCUCUCCGGGGAGGUAGACACCAAGGCCAUUGAAAAGAGUGCCAAGGUUGGAUUGGCUUUGGCUCUCAAGCCAUGAGUGAGAAAUCUGUCAGUGUCACUAUGGCAGGGAGCAUUAAGCUAGGAACGAGGAGCAUAGUAUAGUUGUUCUGUUCAGAGUUCAGACUGACUUAUCUUCCAUAUCAAUUGUUGGUUCUGUUUUUUCCUGGAACAAGUGCUUAAUGUCGUGACAUUUUAUUUGUCUUGGCGGUUUUUUUUUUUUUUUUGGUUGUAAAAAUAAAUGUACUUGGUUUCAUAGACCUUUUUGAGUUUUUACACUCCUAUCAGCCCACUGUUAAAGAGGGUGGUGAAACCUGUUAUGGAGGGUUCUGAGUUGAACUUCUGUUCCAA